AUGUUCCUCCUGCUGCUUCUGCUGCUCCCCAAUAUAGUGUCCCAAGGACAAAGUGCUAAAUGCACAACAAAUAAUCCUGUUCAUGUUCCACACGAGUGGUAUGAGCCAGGUGACCUGGUCAUUGGUGCAAUGGCAUCCCAUAUCUGUUAUAUCGUCCCCAAUUUAUCCUUCAAUAUACACCCUUCCCAAGCCUUCAUUUAUAAGCCAAUAGUGAUGACAAAGUUUUACCAGCACAUCCUUGCUUUGGUCUUUGCUGUUGAUGAGAUCAACGAGAAUCCCAGGAUGUUGCCCAAUGUCUCACUGGGAUUCCAUAUCUAUGACAAUUAUUAUGAUUCAAAGAUGAGCUACCGAACCACCCUGGACCUGAUCUUUAAAUCACGUCACUUUAUUCCCAACUACAGGUGUGGCGUCCACAAAAAUGUAAUAGGAGUCAUUGGGGGACUUAGCUCUGAUACCUCCUGCUGCAUGGCAAACGUCUUGGGUCUUUUCAAGAUUCCACAGAUUUCAUAUGGUUCAUUAGAACAAGGCAUAAAUGAUCAAACCAAGAUCCCUUCUUUCUACUGCAUGGUCCCCAAUGAAGACCUUCAGUAUCAGGGAAUAAUCCAGUUACUUCUGCAUUUUGGAUGGAAAUGGGUUGGGCUCAUGACUACAGCUGAUGAAGCUGGAGAACAUUUCUUGCAGACAAUUGAACCCAUGUUUUUCAAGAAUGGAAUCUGUUCAGCAUUCACAGAAAGAGUUGAACUCAAUCUGCAUUAUAAUGGUAACUUACUAAAAAUGCUGUAUGACUCAAAGAUUUUGUUACCAACUUUCAAAACCAGCAAAGCCAGUGCAGUUCUUGUAUAUGGAGAAAGUAGAUUUAAUAUAUGGUUGUCAAGUGCUUUAAACAUAAUGGAGUUCACUCCGCUACUAUUUCCUCAAAAGAAGUCACGUGAAGGAAAAGUAUGGAUUACAACAACCCAACUUGAUUUCAUAUUAUAUAGCCUUCAAAAAAAAUUAAAUGUUAAUAUACAAGUGCUCCAUGGUGCUAUAUCCUUUGCAAUUGCCUCCAAGGAAAUUCACAACUUUAAAGACUUUCUUCGGAGUAUACGUCCUUAUUGGACAGAGACAGAUGGUUUUAUCCAAGAUUUAUGGGAAGAUGCAUUCAGUUGUUCAUUUCCAAAUUCCACUCUCUCAAUAUUCAAUGAUCACAUGUGUACUGGAGAAGAAAUGCUGGAAAUCCUCCCUGCACCAUUUUUUGAAAUGAGCAUGACUGGCCACAGCUAUAGUAUCUAUAACGCUGUCUAUGCUUUGGCACAUGCCUUAAAUAGCAAGCGAUUGGCUGGAGCGAUCCACAAGAGUAGAGAUGCUAAGGAGAAACUCUCUCCUCAAUAUGUAGAACCUUGGCAGCUUCACUCAUUCCUGCAGAGAAUCUCGUUCAACAACAGUGCUGGAGAUGAAAUUAAAUUCAAUGAAUAUGGAGAGUUGGCAGCUGGCUUGGAUAUUACAAACUUGGUCACAUUCCCAAAUAGAUCUUACAUCAGAGUCAAAGUGGGAAGGUGGGACCCUCAGGCCCCUUCCGGCAAAGAGUUCACCAUUAAUGAGAACAGAAUUAAAUGGCACAGAGUCUUCACUGAGGUGCCACCUCUUUCUAUAUACAUGGAAACAUGUGUCAGUUGCCCAGCAGAUCAAUUUCCAAAGAGCAGCCAGGAUCUAUGCAUUCCUAAGAUUCCAAACUUCCUAGCCUUUGAUGAAAACUUGGCCAUUGUUUCAACAUCCUCUGCACUUUUAUUCUCUCUGAUCACAAUUCUGGUGCUUGGCAUCUUCAUUAAGCAUCGCAAUACAGCCAUAGUCAAAGCCAACAACAGAAGCCUCACCUAUGGUCUCCUUAUCUCCCUCCUCUUGUGUUUCCUCUCUUCUUUGUUGUUUAUUGGAAAACCUAGUAAGAUGACUUGCUUUUUCCGGCAAAAUGCUUUUGGCAUUGUCUUCUCUGUGGCCCUCUCCAGCAUCUUAGCCAAAACCAUAUUGGUGGUUUUGGCUUUCAUGGCUACCAAACCAGGAUCCAAUAUGAGGAAAUGGGUAGGCAAAGAACUGGCUUAUUCCAUUGUCUUUUCCUGCUCCAUUGUUCAAGUAGGGAUCUGUGUUCUCUGGCUGGCAACCUCUCCCCCAUUCCCAGAUGUGGACAUGCACUCAAUGACUGAAGAAAUCAUAUUUAUUUGUAAUGAAGGGUCAGUCUCCAUGUUCUAUUGUGUUUUGAGUUACAUGGGCUUCCUGGCCACUGUCAGCCUCUCAGUCGCCUUCCUAGCCAGGAAGUUGCCUGACACUUUCAACGAAGCCAAGUUCAUCACCUUCAGCAUGCUGGUCUUCUGCAGUGUUUGGCUCUCCUUCAUUCCAACUUACCUGAGCACCAGAGGAAAAUACAUGGUGGCUGUGGAGAUCUUCUCCAUCUUUGCUUCUGGUGCUGGGUUACUGGCUUGCAUUUUUGCCCCUAAAUGCUACAUUAUUGUGGUGAGGCCUGACCUGAACAACAGAGAGCAGCUAACACAAAGGAAGGUUUAA